AUGGCAAGACUGGAUAGUGGUAAUGAAACAUUAUUAUCAGACGAAUCAUCAUGCGAUUUACCCGUCACUCCUUCGAGUAUUAACGGUCUAGAAAAUUCUAUUCUGACACAAAACAAUACGACAACAACAAAUAAAUCGAUAAGUGAAGAAAAUUUAGUUCCACCGAAAAUAACACCUUUUAGUGGAGUUUUAGACAAGGGGAAAGUUGUUGUGCGACCGAUCGCGUUUAAACCCAUCGGUUUAAUGUCAAAUGCAAGAUUUAAUAACGGAAAUGAAAGAUAUGGAUCAACACCGAUUCUUACAAGACCUGGAUCACAGCUUACACUUUACGGAAGUAGUACAGAUUUAAGACAUCAUCAUCACAAUAGUUUUAAUUAUUCAUUAGAUAGAAAAUCUCUAUCGUCAGCAUCAUCACCUCCAUUGGGAAUGGCUUCUUUAUCUUCGUUACCACAAAAAUUACAUACUUAUGAUUCGAUGGAAAGUGUUCGACAUUGUAGUAAAUCACCCGGAUCUUCGUUUUCAAGAAAUAAUAGUCAUUGCAGUCUCCCUACAAAAACGAAAUCGUCAUCAUUUCGUAUGAUAUCAAAUUCAGAGAGUAACAGUAGUUUGCUAGAUUUAACUCCCUCUCCGUCAGACUCAGGAGUUGCGGAAUUAGAAACGGCAUUAAGGGAAAGAGAUUCAGAAUUGGUUUACCUAAGACAGACAAUGGAACACAAUGAGCAAGCCAUAAUUCGGGUUUAUCAAGAAAAAGAAAGAGCUUGGGAAAGGGAUAAGAGAAGGUUAAAAGCCGUACACGAAAAUAGAUUAAGGACUAGCGCUCAAAAAGUAUUAAAAUUGGAACAAAUGCUCAUGAUGCAAACCUAUCAGUUACAACAGGAAAAGAAAAGACUAAGAGAGGAAGCCGAUAGAGCUGCUCGGGAAACGACGGAUUUGCGACAGGAAGUCGAUUUAUUACGUGGAAGAUUAGAAGAAACGGAAUGGGGACUAUGUCAAAAAACGGGGGAAAUGUCUUUGCUCAAAGCACAAUUAAAAGACUCUCAGGGCGAACAAACGUCAAAAGGUCACGAAUUGAUUCAACUCCGGAAUCAAUUGAAAGAUUUAAAAGUCGAAUUUGAUAAAAGAGAAAGUGAAAAAUCCUUGCUUGUCAAAGAAAUUGAAAAAUACGAAAAAGAAAUCGAUAGUCUGAAAAAUGAAAAAAAAAAUUUGAGAGAAGAAUUAGAAAAAGAACGAAUGAAAAAAGAAUUUGAAUCAUCCGAAUCGGAAUCAUUGAAAAACGAAUUGACGACAUUACGUAGGGAAAUAAUUGACGUUUGUCAAGUUUUAAAAGAAGAACAAGAUGAUAAAAUUAAAUUGAUUGAAGAAAUAGAAAAAUUAAAAAAAGAAUUGGAUGUUGAAAAAUGUAAAAAUAAUAAUAAUAAUAAUAUAACUGGUAAAAAAAAACCGGAUGAUAAAAAUAAUAAUAAUAAUAAAUUAUCAGAAAUAGAAAAGCCAAAAAAAAAAAAAAACAGUAUUUUAAAAUUGGAUGAUGAUAAUGAAAUUCAAAUGGAUGAUGUUAAAGAAUUAAAUAAUGAAUUACACAGGUUAAAAAAUCAACUUUUGUCCGAAAGGACAGAUUUCGAACAGGAAAGAAUCACGUGGGCACAAGAAAAAGAAAAAGUAUUAAGGUAUCAAAGGCAAUUACAAUUAAAUUACGUUCAAAUGUUUAGAAGGAGUAGAACCUUAGAAGCAGAAGUUGAAAGUCUUACAAUGGAACUCGAAUUGGAAUCUAAAACAAAAAAUUUUAGAAAUAAUAAUAAAAAUAUAUCAUCAGGAGUUGAAAUGGGUACAAUUGUCGAAUUGUGA